GGAGGCGGCCCGUUUCCUAAACAAAUACAAUCAAUACUUACCCGGUUCACCUGGGGUAUUAAUAUAAUCCCCUCAAGCAAAAAAUCGGCACACGGCUGAAUGUAAUUGGGGACCCCUGCCAUAGGAUGCGCAUUUAUACCAGAGCACGCUCCUUUUAGAGAAACACGCCAGCUCAAGGUGACCAUCCGUAGCAUCUUACCUGUUACUAAACACCUGUACCCAGCAUCAUGCUCCUUUUAAAACUGACUGCAUUCACCUUGCUGGCUGCAGCUUGCUGUACACUACCAGCUGCAGCGACUAGAGUGGUUACCUGUGACAAUGGAGAAAACGUCCAGUUCCUGAUCUGUGAUUCUGGAGUGAUCUUCAUUGAGAGAGCUCUGUAUGGACGGACUGACGGAACCACCUGCAGAGAAGGACGACCUGCCAACCAGCUGACCAACACACAGUGUUCACAGACAGGCACCCUGGAGGUCCUCUCACAGAGGUGCAAUGGGAAACAGGUGUGUGAAGUGAACACUGAAGUCUUCCGUACUUCUGACCCCUGUUUUGGAAUCUACAAAUACCUGGAAACCACCUACACCUGCAUCCUAGCAACAGCACGAAGCAUUACUUGUGACGGUUCUGAUGCGCUAUUAGAAUGUGAUGAAGGUACGAUCCAGAUCCACAGUGCUAACUAUGGCCGCCGUGACCAGCUAGUGUGUUCCUUUAAACGGCCCGCUAACCAACUAGCCAACACCAACUGUCUCAGCCAAUCCACAACUGCCAGUAAGGUGGCAGAGAGGUGUGAUGGGAAGAGCCAGUGUGACGUCCCGGCGUCCAGUUCUCUGUAUGGGGAUCCCUGUGUAGGAACCUACAAGUACCUGGAUGUGGCUUACACCUGUGGUUAAAUGAGAUACUUCUGGGAUAUCUUCAUUGGGUGGAUCUGUCUUUCCUGUCCUCUCCUCUUCCUCAUGAAUCUCAAGUUGAGUAAAAUGUAUGUAAUUUCCAUGUCAAGGAUCACAUUGAUUCUUUAUUUUGGCAUAGGCAUAAUUAACGAUCAACGCUGUGUACGAACGUUUUCUAAAAGCAAGUUGCGGUCAGGACACAUGGAGAAAUAAAACAUGAACCGCAAAAUAAACUCUUCAAAUAACAUUGUGAUAUAAUACUUUGUUUGCUAAAGCAUUUCUUCAAAAUACUUUUUUU